AUGUGCACUCAACCCCCUUCCCGCGGGUUUCCCCCGACACUCCUUGUGUCUCUUCAGCUGCCAUUUCUCCGAUUUGCAAACCGCCGUCUGUCGGCGUUCGACCAAGUAAAUAUAUCACUUUUUCUUGUCGAGUUUUUGAGUUUUCUUCUCCUUUUCUCUCAGUUUCAAAUCCGUGCGCAAACAGCAACUGAUCACUUUUUUCGUGUCGCGCUGCUCUUUGAAACCUAUCAUUAUCAGUGCCUUUUGAUUCCAGAAACCAAUUAUGUCCGAGUCUUGGGUCACUCUCGCAACCAACGACAACUACGCUCAGGGAGCUCUUGUGCUUGUGCACUCGCUCAGAACCGCUGGAACCACCCGAAAGAUUCACUGUCUUAUCAGCAACCAGGUACCGCCGUAAUUCGCACUGCAUCAUCUUUUGACCGUGGUUUUUUUUGCAGGUUUCCGCUCCAGUCCGCAAGCAACUUGAGGAACACUUUGACGAUGUGUCCGUCGUCGACGUCUUCAACAGCAACGAUUUGGACAAUCUCCGUCUGAUUGGCCGCCCGGACCUUGGAAUCACCUUCACUAAGCUCCACUGCUGGCGUCUCACUCAGUACACCAAGUGCGUGUUCCUGGAUGCCGACACAUUGGUAAGCAGUUCAAGGGGGCAUGCGUCAUAACUUCGCAUUCACAGGUGAUUCGCAACGCUGACGAACUCUUCUCCCGUCCGGACUUCUCUGCCGCCGCCGAUAUCGGAUGGCCAGACUCGUUCAACAGUGGAGUCUUUGUUUUCGUGCCAAAUCAUGAGACCUACAGUUUGUGUUCUUACAUUGUCUGGGAAAGUAACAAAUUGUUGUUUAGGACAACUCGUUGACUUUGCUGUUACGCACGGAUCGUACGACGGAGGAGACCAGGGACUUCUCAACGACUUUUUCAACAACUGGAGAGAUCUGCCGUCGGAGCACAGACUGCCGUUCAUCUACAACAUGACCGCCGGAGCCUUCUACACCUAUGCUGCCGCUUACAAGAGGUAACUCGCUCAAAUUCAGGCACUUUUCAUCUCACAUCCCCUUUAGAUACGGAGAGAACACCAAGAUUGUUCACUUCAUCGGAAGCGUGAAGCCAUGGCACGGAAGCGCCGCUGUCCACACCGGAGAGCACUUCCAGCAGUGGCAGAACAUCUAUCACGCUCAUGUGACCCACACGGUUUGUAAAUGAGUUCGGCAUGGUUUGAUGUUUCCAUGAACUGCAUGUUGUUUUUAAUGAGUGUGUUGUUGCCCUCUUCCAGUCAAGAAACAAGGAACAUUCAACCGUCUUCCCUUAUCGCCAUCACGUUUCUGAACAUGCCCAUCAGAGCCAUUCGGCUGAAGAACCCAAGUUAGAGAGAAAGGAGUCAAUUGUCAGGGAAAUUGGGAAUUUCGUGAUGAAUGUUGUUCAAUCCUCCGUUAACCUUCUGCCCUCAUUCGAUAAUGAUAACCAUAGCAGUGAACCUGAGAGGCAACAUUCUCAUCAUCAAUCGCCACCGCCGUAUCAUUAUGUGGAGCCUCCUUAUCAGCAUGUUGAGCAGCAUGAAGAAGUGCAAGCAGAUACUGUCGGUAGUACAGAUUGUUUUGGAAGUGAGCUCCCUGAUUAUGCAGCUGGUAACGAAGUCGAAGAAAUUGUGAGUGUUUGUGAAUGCGAAUGAUUAUUUUGUAACAGGAAUGCGAAUAACUGUUUGAAAGAGAGUGACCUUUUCUUACAGACUAACAAUAUUCCAUGUCCAUCGUUCGUUCCCUCCGAGAGACGUGACGACCAUCAGGUGAGCUCUUCCAAUUGAAAUUGAAUUGCAGUUCUUAUCGCACCCGUUUUUUUGACUUGAAAAAUACAUUUGUGAGUAAAAUCCUAAAAGCAUUUCAGUUCCGAAUCUAAGAAGGUAUACAGUGAAGUAAACUAUUUAUUCAGACCCCAUCGCCAUCGAAAGAAGAGCGCCGUGCGGCUUGGGAGGCCGGAGAGCCGGACUACUUGGGCCAUGACGCGUUCGUCCAUAUCCAGGAGGCUCUGAACAGAGCACUCAAUGAGUAA